AGCUACUUUAUUUUAGUCAAUAACGGGCAGUAACUAUGGCCUUAUCUGCUUCUUACUCUCCGGCAUUCCUCUCCACCACCCAUUCAUCUUCAUCUUCAUCUUCUCCGUGUUCGUCUCUGAAACUUCUCCAUUCUCAUCCUUCCUUCACCCACUCUCACUUCCCCACAAAACCCACAUCCACAAUCCCUAUCCACACACUCUCAUCCACUACAUCUUCAUCAACAUCUUCAGAAAAGUGGAGGGCCAAAGUUUCAUUCUUUCCUGCCUUCUUGAAGAAGGGCAAAGAUGCUAAGACUCUCAAGGAGGAGCUUCUUGAUGCCAUUGAAACUCUUGACAGAGGUGCCGAAGCCACUCCUGAAGAUCAGCAGAGAGUUGAUAAGAUUGCACGCGAACUUGAAGCAGUUAAUCCAAUAAAGGAACCACUCAAAUCUGAUCUACUGAACGGAAAAUGGGAGCUCAUAUACACAACUUCCAAAUCAAUUUUGCAAACCCAGAGGCCCAAAUUCUUGAGGUCAAGAACAAACUACCAAGCAAUCAAUGUGGAUACCCUCAGGGCACAAAAUAAGGAAUCUUGGCCAUUUUUCAAUGAGGUAACAGCAGAUUUGACACCUCUAAAUGCAAGAAAAGUGGCAGUAAAAUUUGAUUACUUCAAAAUUGCAGGUCUGGUACCCAUUAAGGCACCUGGAAGAGCUCGUGGGGAAUUGGAAAUAACAUACUUGGACGAAGAAUUGCGUGUCUCAAGGGGUGACUUAGGAAACUUGUUCGUCUUGAAAAUGAUUGAUCCAUCUUACAGAGUUCCUACCUAACUGAAAUCCCAAAUCUGUAGCGUUUGGCUUUGCCAUUCUGAGAGAGCAAGUUUUACCAAAUUAGAAGCCAUGUCCACUCGAAAAGUUCUUACUGUAAAGUUUGUGUUAUAUAUGUAAUAACAACUGUGUUAUGCAAAAGAAUAUUUUGUUUUCGGCAA